GCUGAGUGGACUAGGGUUUAAACCCGAACUAGCUAUAUAAACUCUGUUAACCCUUCAGAGGUUCGAUCCUCCACUGUCUCUGUUUCUGCGUAACCUGAAGCCGUCGUCAUGGUGAAGUACUCACAAGAGCCUGAUAAUCCCACCAAGUCUUGCAAGGCCAGAGGCUCUGACCUUAGAGUUCAUUUCAAGAACACUAGGGAAACAGCGCAUGCCAUCCGCAGGUUGCCUUUGGCAAAGGCCAAAAGGUAUUUAGAGGAUGUGCUUGCUCACAAACAGGCCAUUCCAUUCAGACGUUUCUGUCGUGGUGUUGGGAGGACAGCCCAAGCCAAGAACAGGCACUCCAAUGGACAAGGACGCUGGCCUGCCAAGUCAGCUAAAUUCAUCCUAGACUUGCUUAAGAAUGCCGAGAGCAAUGCUGAAGUCAAAGGUUUGGAUGUUGAUGCUCUUUACAUCACUCAUGUCCAAGUCAAUCAGGCACAGAAGCAAAGGCGCAGAACAUACCGAGCCCACGGGAGAAUCAACCCUUACAUGUCAUCUCCUUGCCACAUAGAAUUGAUUUUGUCUGAAAAGGAAGAGCCUGUCAAGAAGGAGCCUGAGACGCAGCUUGCAGCAAGCAAGAAGUCCUAAGCGUGCUUCAUCUAUUAGCUAAAUUGUUGAGGCCCUUAUCGUGUCAAGAGGACAAUUUUGUUGGUUGUUUUACUUUUUCUGUCAUUUGUUGAGCUAUUCCUAGAAAAAUCUUUAACGCUAUGUUUUGUCUCAUACUGUGUUUAAAUACUUUGAAUUAAUUGGGAAACCUCUUAGUUUUUUUA